CCCGCCCCUUCCGGCCAUUCAUUGCUGCGGAGGGCGUCAGGCCGCUGGGAGUAGUGGUGGCGGCGCGGCCUGCCGGAGGAGGCCUUCCACCGCCCGCGCCGAGGGGCCUGCUCGUCGAGGGGCGGCCGCUGCCACCUCCCGAGGGUCGUCCGCCCCUAGCGUCGGGCCUUCCGCCGCUAUGAAGCUCGUCAGGUUUCUAAUGAAGCUGAGCCAUGAGACUGUGACCAUCGAACUGAAGAAUGGGACACAGGUGCAUGGAACCAUCACAGGAGUGGAUGUCAGCAUGAACACACAUCUCAAGGCAGUGAAGAUGACCCUGAAGAACAGAGAACCUGUGCAGCUGGAGACGCUCAGCAUUCGAGGGAACAACAUCCGGUACUUCAUCCUGCCAGACAGUUUGCCUCUGGAUACUUUGCUGGUAGAUGUUGAACCCAAAGUCAAGUCCAAGAAGAGAGAAGCAGUUGCUGGAAGAGGCCGUGGCAGGGGCCGUGGCAGAGGCCGAGGUCGCGGCAGAGGCCGAGGGGGCCCAAGACGGUAACUACAGGCUGCACAACUGCUCCCAACUCUGGGCAACUCCACCUUUAUUUUUUUGUACAGGUCUUGUUUAUGGUAUCCAUUUUUAAUAAAAGUCACCAAGGUGUCUCUCCAGUGUCAGUCAAGCAUGGGGAGGGAGGCAGGGCCUGCUCCUGAGGGAGCUGCAGGCUCCUGUUGCAGGCUGCCCUUGCUACUGUUGGUUGGCACCGUUAGACCAUACCCACCACAAACACUGCGCAGCUGCCUCUUGCUUAAUUGUCCUAGAGCCAGAGAUCCGUGUUGGUGUGGUUUGGCCAUGUUUGGUGGGCAUGAAUCCCUCUGCCUAAGGCACCUGGCAGCUCCUAAUGGUUACAUAGCUAAGACAUGUGUGUGUCUCUCCUGUCUUUCAAGUUCCUGUUUCCUAUCCAUGAAGCUUACAAUGGAACCAUAUUGCUUCGUUAUCAAAUGCUCAUGUAAGGUAUUAAAGGGUUCUUGAAUCUGA